UUCAGACGUGCUGCGCAUCGGCUCCGCCAAUUCUCGGCCGUAGCCACGGAUAACUUCACGGUACACCACCAAAUUUGUUACCAUCUGAUAAAGCAAGUCACCCGGCGCACGUGGACACCGAUUUCAACCAGGUGGGCCGGUUUUCGGCAAUUUUAGAGCAGUUUUUCACCCCGCCACGUGGGCGACGCCGUCCAGCCUGACGGCGACGCCGAUGCCCGGCGGCGUGAAGACUGCUUCCCGAGGCAAUAUGGCCGUCUCUACGCUAACCCAGCGUGGCUACGACCCGGAUGCGAUGUCCUGGACGACGGUUCCGACGACUGAGGAGCCCAAUUCUGCGAUUCCUUCGAAUAUUCGAAGCCAAGCUCUCCUCAACGCGGCCGCUCGCCGCUUGCAAGAGAAAGCCAAGAUGGUGGCGCCGGCCGCCGCCCCGGCGUCCGGCAACCCAGCGGGCAAGACGCAGCCUCCUGCCUCGCACGCUGCAGGAAGCAAGGGCAAGGUCUUCACGAAGUGGAAGCCUCGCCCGCUACUAAAACCGAACCCGGAUGACUACGUGAUCGUUGUAAAGCCACGUGAGCAUAUUUCCUUGCACGAAGCCUUCCCCGAGAAUCGCUACGGGACCGCUUUCACGGCUUACCUCGGGUCCGAGCGGGCAGAGACCGCAUCGAUUCUCCCUUCGAGAGAACAAAAUUUGAUUGUGAUCCAUACCCCGGACCUCGAGACGGCGGACCGAGUGAUAGGGGAUUUUUCCGUCAACACCGAACGCGGAGCGGUCCCGCUCCACGGAUACCUACGGCAAGAUGGUGGCAACGUUUGCCACGGUGUCAUCGUGGUGUGCAACUCGGACACGACGGAGACACUUCAGCAAAAGGUGCGUUGGAGAGCAGGCACCAUUGUUGAAUACGCCCGCGGUGCAGCACUUCCGCAGUAA